CUGCACUGUCCUAUCAAUAAAUGUACAUUAGUCGAGUUCGUCUUUAUCAAGCAAGAUCCAUCUUCCAUUCAAUAUUUUCUUAUCCUCAUUCAUGUGUGUAUUAUCCACGCCAAUAUUUAUCCAUACAAGUCGAUCCGUAGGAAACAUAAUUCACCGCAAGAAGUGACGUCUAGUGUAACGGAAAAUAAAGGAAGCAACCUACGGCUGUCGGUCUUGUCACAGUCUCUAAUCCGAGUGGACUGAUGUCUCAUUGUCUUUGACCGGCUAUUGCCGGGUUCCUCGUUUACAUCGCCUCAAGUGACACGUUGUAGACAGAAUUUGAGCACUAUAAAUCACGACACUUGCCAAGUACUCCAAUGCCUAUACGCUCUCUCUCAAUUCAUCUAUCUCUCACCACCCCCACUCACUCUCUUCUCUUCUUUUAUCAUCCAUUCCUCUCUCUCUGCAUGCUAUGGAUACUGGAGGAGGCUUUCAUGGCUACCGCAAGAUCCCCAACUCUACCCCCUCUGGGUUGAAGCUAUCAGUCUCGGAGGUGAACAUGAGGCAGCAGCAGGUGAUGGCAGCAGAGAACAACAACAACGUUGUCCAGUCAGCAACAGAUGACAAUGAAUGCACGGUGAGGGAGCAAGACCGUUUCAUGCCAAUUGCAAACGUGAUCAGGAUCAUGCGGAAGAUCCUGCCGCCACAUGCCAAAAUCUCCGAUGAUGCAAAAGAAACAAUUCAAGAAUGCGUGUCUGAGUACAUCAGCUUCAUCACUGGAGAGGCCAAUGAGCGUUGUCAGAGGGAGCAGCGCAAGACCAUCACUGCAGAGGAUGUGCUUUGGGCCAUGAGCAAGCUUGGGUUUGAUGACUACAUUGAGCCUCUCACCAUGUACCUUCAUAGGUACCGUGAGAUGGAGGGUGACAGAACCUCCAUGAGGGCUGAACCGCUUGGGAAGAGGACUGUGGAAUAUGGGACUAUUGGGGUUGCAACUGCUUUUGUGCCACCACCACCAUUUCAUCACCAUCACCAUCAUCAUCACAUUGGGCAUCCAAAUGGGUAUUAUGGUGCAGCCAUGGCGGGGGGUUACAUGAGGGAUCAUAAUAAUGCUGCAACACCAAAUGCUGCUGCUGCAGGGUCAUCUCAAGCUGCACUUGCUGAGCCGAAUGGUCAAUAUAAAUGAUGAUGGAUAUUGAGUAUUGAGUAGAGAGAGAAGAAGAUCUUAGUUAUAUAUAUCUAGCUGAGAAGAAGACUUAGCUUCACUAUGAUAGUUGUUAGACUGUUGAUGGUAAUCUCAGGUGAAAGAAGAUAGAACCCUAAUCCUGAUUAUGUAAUGAAAUAGCUUAAUUUGGUGUUACUGGUUAGCUUGAAUCUGGACUUUCUCAGCUAAUUAAGGUAGUC